AUGGACUCAUCAAAAGGAUCAUUCGGCGGCGAGCGAGAACCUCUGCUUCCAACGGUCGAAUCCCGCCCCAAAUCAUCACGAAAUGUCACAUUCAGCGCCAACCCCGUCACCCACACGAUUGAGCCCGAGACGCGGGUCGUGGCCUCGAAGCCAAGCAGCGUCGCGGUCGGAGUGCCGAGCGGCGUCCCAGGCUCGGGAGCAGCAGCUCCUGGCGCCGCAGGCGGUCCGCCCGUCCUCGCCGCCUUCAACAACAAGCUGCGCCGGCGCAAUAGUCACACGGCGGUGCCGAUGCUGAGCCCGGCGCCGUUUGGGGCCAAGCUGGGCCCCCAGCGCAGCACCAAGAAGACGGAGAAACUCAAGCUGCUGCCGAACCCGGAGCUCGACGAGGACGAUGCCGACGAGGAGAGCGGCCGCGACGUCUACUCGCAGUACACGCGGAUCAAGGACCCCAAUGCGCGACGUGACGCCGCCCGCCUCGGCAAGUCGGACAGGAGCAAGCUCCCCCGCGUCACGGCCUACUGCACCGCCAACCGCUACGACAUGGACGGCCUGAUGCGCUUCCUCAAGGGCCGCGGCAAGUCCCGCGGCGCACACCCCAAGCUCAUCGAUGAGUGCAUAUACACCCCCUACGCCUACGCCAAGGAGCCGCCGCCCCGGCGCGACCCCGUCAUGUCCUACCAGCGCCGGCACUCGACCGGCGGCGCCGACGACUCCUUUGUCUCCCUGAACCCGGCCGACUCGGGCUACGGCGACGAGUUUGCGACGUCCGAGCACGACGUCGCCACCGACCAAAUCACAGAGGAGGACCUGCUCGGAGCCAGCAUGAACGAUGCCGGCGACAGAGAUGCGGUGCCCGACUUUGACACCCAGGUCCACACGCCCGAGGUGUUUCUCUUUGACUACGGCGUCGUGGUAAUAUGGGGCAUGUCGGAGACUGAGGAGGCGAGGUUUCUCAAGUACAUUUCAAAGUUUGAGCUGGAGAAGCUCGCUCCGGACGAUGUGGAAACGGAGCAGUUCAACUUUUACUACACCAAGGAGUAUCAAGCGCGCAUCUACAACGACUUCAUCACGCUGCGCGACAAGAACAACUACAUGACCAAGCUGGCCAUUUCGCAUGCCCUUGCUCAGAGUGUCAAGACGUCAUUGUUUGAAGAGCUCAUCUCAUCGACCGUCGAGACAUGCAAGGACAUUCCCACGCAGAUUGCCCUGACCGGCAAGAUUGCGCUGAGCAGAUCGCAGAUCAACAUGCAGAUCGGCGAGCUCUUCAUCCUGCGCAUCAACAUCCACCUCAACGGCUCCGUGCUCGACACGCCCGAGCUGUUCUGGGUCGAGCCCCAGCUCGAGCCCGUCUACCAGGCCGUCCGCAGCUACCUCGAGAUGGACCAGCGCGUCGGCCUCUUGACGGAGCGCCUGGACGUCAUUGCCGAUCUCCUCGCGGUGCUCAAGGACCAGCUAAGUCACGGCCACGGCGAAAAGCUGGAAUGGAUUGUGAUUGUUCUUAUUGCGAUGGAAAUUGUCGUUGCUGGCAUCAACAUUAUUGUCGACUUGUACGCUGGCGAGUAG